GGUACGCUCCGUUGCCAAGGUGCUAGUGGAAGCCAGUCCACUUCACCACGCCUGUCGUCAACAGUUAGCCAAACUUGUAGCACUCGUCGCUAUACGCAAAAAUGUACCUGAAGUGGAAUUCUGUUGGCACUUUAUGUGCAACUGAAGGAUAAACCGUCGUCUGGAAUCUUGUUUUUUUUCCCCACCCCGGAAACCAAGUUCCAUCCCUACCAGGCAGCUUCAUCCAACUUAAUGUGGCACCAUGGACCACGAAGAGGUGCGGUCAGAGCAGGACCAGAUUUCCGUGCGGCUCCAGGAUGAUGGUUUGCCCUUGGGGGCCAGUCCAGAGGAGCGACAGCGCCACCUAUGGCAGCGGCUCCUCGACACCGAGGCGGAACUGCAGCAGUCCACACAGGAGCUGCAUACUUUACGUUCACAGCAGGCCAACGAAAUGAAGGAGGUGGACAGCUAUGUUGGGCAUAUCCGUGGGCUUCUGCAGCAGCGCGAGUGUGUGACUGCUGGCUAUGAAAGAGACAAUGAACAACUGCGACAAGAGCUGCACCACAUCAGUCAGCAACAAGAGAUUCAGAGCAAGGAGCUGGCGGAGAUGUUAGCCCAGGAAGACCUGGGGGAGAUCGGCCUGAGCAGCCCCAGUGAACAGGUGGCUUACUUACUGGUGGAGCGGGCAACACUGCUUGAAAGACUAGAAGCUGCUGAAAGGAGGCUCGAGACUCAGAAUUUAUCUGGCAACACUAGGGAUGUCCCACUCCAGGGUUCGUCCCAGACUCCUUGGAAGAAGCUCUUUGGGCUGCGCAAGUCUGGUCAGAGCAAAAACAAUAUUACCCCUGCUCACAGCGAGGAGCUCUCCCAUGAGCGUAAUGAGCGCCAGCGGCUGGAGCGCGACUUGGACGAGGCGUCAAGCAGGUUGGAGAUGGCUCAUCAGGAAAUCCGAAGGCUCAACAAUGAGCUGGAUGUGGCCAAAAGCAACAGUCUAGACGUGUGUGAGUCGGAGCUUCAGGAAACGCUGCAAGAAUUAGAGAUUCUCAGGAAAGAAGUGGACAAACUGAAACAAUGCGAUAUGAUGAAGCUGCAGAGGGCCAAAGAGCAAAGUGACAGAUUGGAUGCAGACAACAUAAGUCUGAGGGAGAGAGUGCAUUCUUUAGAGUCAGAGAAGAAAAAUCUGCUUCAGCGGCUGGAAACAAGCAAUGACAACCAAGCCCUAAAAGAGGACAGAAGUCAAAAGAACGUUGAACCACAGAACAACCUGGCUGACUUUUUAACUAAAGAAACUGAUCCGAUUCACAAACGCUGUCAUGCGGUAAUUGAGGACAGGCUUGUUCAGGUGAGAGAAUUGGAGCGCCAACUUCAGCGGCUACGCAAGGAGCAGGAGGAGCUGGAGGAGAGAAACGAGGAGCUGGAGUCUCUGCUCGGGGAAGCCCAGAAUGCCAGCAAGGAGGAUAGGCAUCGCCAUGAGGGAGAACUGGAGGGACUACAUCGGCGGAUCAAAAACCUUGAGGGAGAGCUGAAGAAGCAGGAAACACAAUUGAAGCUGUUAAAUAAUGGAGAUGAGGUCAAAACCACAGAGCCCUUCUUACAGCUGCACAUACGAGAAAAUGGCCCGGAGAGACUGGCUCUGCUGGAAGCUCGUCUGACUGAAGAGAGGAACUGGAGAAAACAGCUAGAGUUGGACUUAAGUGCUGCACAGGCUGCCCUAAAAAAAGACAAGGAGGCUUUACAGAUUGGUGAGAGAGAGCUGAAGAAGCUGAGACUUGAGGUUAACAGUCUCCAGACUGAAUGCCAGCAAGGGAAAACCCUCAUCAAGAGUCUUAGCCAAGUCAAGGGAGAAAAGGCAUUUCUGGAGGAGAAGUUAGCCCAGAUGGAGCGUGCCCACCGGCGACACCAGAGUGAGAUGGAACGCCACAAGGACAGUAACCAAACCCAAAAUGACCUGCAGGAAUACCGAGUACAGGUUGACCAACUUCAGGAGCAGACUGACCGACGAACCAAAGAACUUAACAGCCUUCAAACAGAACACAAAAAACUCAGGGAUGAGAUGGUCUCUGAGCGGCUGCUGACGGCUGAGCUGCAGGCCAAGCUGAGUGACAACGUCCAGAAGAAACUGGCAGCCGAAGGGGAAAAAGAGAAACUGGAGCUUAAGUUGCAACACCUUAAGGAGCAACUUCAGCAGCAGCAGGAUCAACUCUCUUUGAAUGAUGAAGCACUUAGCAGAAACUUGAAGUCUGCACACUUGGAGUUAACUUUUGGUCCAGUGGAGAAGACCAAAGAUCAGCAGGAGAAUCACUUACAGACCAAACAAGUGGAGGUGCAGCAACUGGCCUCUCAGCACCAAGUGGCUUGGCAGGCCCAAAUCAUUGAAGCACAGGCACACAUCAAGUCCCUGGACUUAGUGCUGAGUCAGAAGGCAGAGGAGGCUAAACAGAUGAAGCAGGACUUGCAGAGGGUGCAAAGUCUCUUUACCUCGGCAGAGCGAGAGCUACGCUACGAAAAGGAGAAAAACAUGGACCUGAAGAGGCACAACACCCUGCUAGACAAUGAAAAACUCAAGCUUUCUGCAGAGCUGAACCAGGUCCAGACCAAGCUCGCCCAAAUGGAAAAGAGUUUUCACACUCAGACGGCUGAUUUGGAACGCCAACAGCAAAGAAUCAGGGAACUAGAGCUGGAACUGGCACGCAACUCUGCCAGCCGCAACGCCACCUCUAGUUUGCAAGAGGAGCUGCAGGUUGAGAGAGCACGGGUCAUUGCGGCUGACAAGAAGGUGGUAGAACUGCAGCAACAGCUCAAGACGAUCCAGCACCAGCUGCGCAUGGAGGAAGCCCGGGCCAGCGAGAGCAGCCGCCUGGAGCGGGACAGCAGGGAUCUAUCUGACACCUUGUCAUCCUUCAGAGCGCAACAGCAGGAGGACCACAUCAACAGGAAGCUCUUAGAGCAGCGCGAGGAGGAGCUCCAGCACCAAGUACGUUCCCUGAGGUUGAAGGAGGUGACGCUCACCAGGACCAAUGCUGAGCUCAGCCACCGAGCACAGCAGCUAGAGUCCGAACUAAACAAGGCUCGAGAGGAGGUAAAAGAUAGCCAAGCCUCUUGCCGUAGACUGAAAGACGAUCUGAUGGCCUCUCAGCUUGAGUGUGACAGAAUGCAGGGAGAGCUAAAGCAGGUUUUUCUACAACUGAACAUUAACAUCAGAAAGUACAAUGAAAAACAGAGUCGGCACAAAACCAAGCUACAUCAGGCCAGGCAGGUCUUCCUGAAAGCUACUGCACAGAGGGACAACACCAUCCAGAAACUAGAGAACGAGUUGACUCUGGCUGCCAGCUUCUCACACAAGGCAAAAGAGAGCAUUCAUAAUGUAAUGGAGGAAAAUGAGAAGCUUCUGGAGGAGAGGAGGGUGCUGUUGCUUAAGAUAAGCGAGGCGGAGGAAAUGGGCAGCAAUGGCAUGAGGGCUGCAUCCAUCAUUCAGCACAGGGUCUGUGUCUUAGAAGCAGAAAACAGGCGACUACAGGAUCAAACCCUCAAGCUGUCCAAUCAGGUCAGUUCCUUGGAGCGUGCCCUGAGGAACGCCCAGUCCUUCAACAGCAAUGAGAAUUCCAAGAAAGUGCUCUGUGACAGCAUCCUGCAAACAUCUACAAUAAGCCUAACGUCUGGUUCGUAUGACCCUCGGGAACUGUUGGACGCAAUCUGCCAAACUCAGUUUGAGCAUGUGUUGGACGGCACGCGAGCAUCUUCCUCCACGCAGCAGCUGUCAGAGCAAAGCUACCUGAACCUCGUCUCCCCGUUGGUUCUUUCUGGCACCACCUUGGGGAGUCCAAAUAGCAGUGAUGAUGCAUGAGAGGUGAGCCAGUGAGGAGGGAAACGUGGACACAAAAAGUAAAAUCUAUAUGGAUUGAAAAAGACUCAGUGACAAUGGUAGAGAACUUCCGGUGCAAUGGGUUAUUAAAAUAAUAGAUGCGUGGUUAUUUUCAGAGUGAUAGCGUAUGAUAGGACAAAGUAGUUCAGGCCAGUGAAUGUUGACGCCUUUGAUAAUAUCUGACUGACUAUAUUUAAAACUGAGCACUUUAUGCAUUGUUUCAGUAUGUUUAUGUUUCUGAUAGUGUAGCAGUGGGAUGUUGCAUUUUUAAUCAUAUUGCAUUAAACAUCGCCAACAGUACAGUAUUACAUUUUUAGAGCUGUAUCAUCUAAGUCAGGGGUCCCCAAACUUUUUUACUCGGGGGCCGCAUUGGGUUAAAAAAUUUUGUCCGGGGGCCCGGCUGUGUGUCUGUGCGUGCGUGCAUACAUAUAUAUACGGUACAUAUACAGGUAUAUAUAUAUAUAUAUAUAUAUAUUAGAGAUGCGCGGUUUGCGGGCACAACCGCGGAGUCCGCGGAUUAUCCGCGAAUCGGGCGGAUGAAAUUUUAAAAAAUUAGAUUUUAUCAGCGGGUCGGGUCGGGUCGGGCGAUUGAAAUUUAAAAAAAUUAGAUUUUAAAUAGAUUCAGGCGGGUGGCAGUUAAACCAAUUGGGAAAUAUAUAUAUAUAGUUAAAUGUUGUUACCCACAUACGAAAAACGAGCAGGCACCUGCAGCAUAUGCCACAACAGAAGAAAAAAAAAAAAGAGAUGGACACUUUUACGGAGCGGAGAAGGCCCCCGACGCCUCGCCGGGGUCCGGGACCGAGGCCCCUUCCCCCGAGAGGGCCCCACCGGGAGCCGUAGCUGA